CGCUUUCGAGCAGCCGGAUCUCACAAUCAGGAGCGCCUAACUAUAUAUGCCAUUUGAGGCCGAGCAUCAGAAGCUGCGAAAAGAUCCAUUGCAGAUUGAGGAACACCUAUGGGCCGGAGGAAGUGGAUGAGCCGUCUGGUUUUGCUGACGUUGCUGGCGACGCUCAUUGCCCACGCCCUGGCGGAGGAUGCGCCGAAUGAGCCGAAGUGCGAGAUGCAGUCCCUCUACGGACAAAGCUGGCGUUCCGGCACAGUUGGCGUGGUGACCUGCAAAUGUGAAGGCGGUGAGGGCAAGAAGAUCGCUGUACGGAGGCAGGGCACAAUCGCAUCGACGGACUCGUACAACGGCACCGUGACGCACAGGGAUGCGAAUCCCGCCAACGAAUGGGACCGCAGGUAUGAGUGCCUUCUGGAUGGCGUGAUCCAGAUAUAUAUAUCCGUCCAAGUGUACGCCCUGCUGAAUGUGACGGAUUUCGAGUGCCGCGAAGAAACCUACCACUUGAGGUGCACCUUCAGCCGCAUGGAGAACGGCAACUUCGAGAACACAACCCAAUACCAGCUGGCGUUAGGCACGGCCAGGCCAGUCGACUGCAGGAAGUCGGAGGACGAACGUCGCAGGCGCAAAAUGGAGUGCUCCGUGCCCAUCGAUCCAAACAGCCGUGCACCGGAGUGGAGGGAUUUCUUGCUGAUCAUGAGGGAUGAUUUGGGCAACCAGACCCAGGAGCUCAGGCGGAGCCAAGCCGAUAUGCAGCUGCUGGAGUGGCCGAAGGCAAAGCCCAAAAUAAUACAAGGGCCAAACCGGACAUGCCUGGAGUGGAACGGACCCAUUAUUUACCCGAUUCCCAACUUUGAACUGAACGUGGUGUUUCGCCACUCCAAGCUGCCCAGCUUGUUGAGGAAUGUCACCGUGCAUCGGCGGCUUGAUGUCAGUUCUUUUGAUAAGGUCUGCUUUGAAAACCCACCGGAGGGCAAUCAGUUGUUCUACGUCAGUUCAAGGCGCCGUCUCCCGCGUUCGCGCUGGUCGAAAUGGUUCGAGUUCGAACUCACCACGAAUGCAUCCCUGCCCGUCCGGCCGCCGAAGUUCGUGGCCAAUGGCUUCUCCCAUUACCCCGCCAAAAGAGAGCUCAAGGUCUACUGGGAGCCGCUGAGCGAGCUGGAGUUCAAUGGAGACGAGCAGACAUACGUGGCGAGCACCAGUAACGGAACCAGAGUGGCCACCACCAAGGACAGGAUGUACGCGCUAUUCACAGACUGGGAUGACACACAACCGGCCACCGUGUCUGUGGUGAGCAGCAACGUCGUGGGCCCAUCGCUGGAGAGCAGCCAGCUGGAGGUGCCCAGACUGAGUGCGAUCCGGGAUCGACAGAUUUACAUGGAGAGCUACGACAAGACGACCUUCAAACUCAACUGGCAAGGGCCGGAGGAGCACGUAAACUUCACCGGCUACAUGGUCUAUUGGUGCACGCUCUCCAGCAAAGUGCACGAUGCCUGCGACGAGAACUCCUCCAUUGAGACGACCUUCGCCCGCGAGCCUUCGUACAAUUUCUCCGGCAUACAGGGCGUGAUCCGAAUGGCCGUGGCGGCCAACUACAGUGACGGCCUAACCACUGGGAUGCGGUGGUGGUCGGGUGACAGCGAGGUGCCCGAGAGGCCGAAGGUCUUGCGGUACGUGGAGGGCAUUAUCUCCUUGCUGGUGCUUGGGGUUGUCGUCGUGGCCAUCUGGAAGCUGCGCAAAAUGGCGGACAUCCGGGUUGACGUGCCGGAGUUAGAUGAAGUCCCCACGGAAACUUCAUGUGUCUACAACAGUCGGCACUAUCCGGCAACCGUUCCGCCGGAGAAGUUCUACACCCCAGUGCGGAUUCGCGUGACAUUUGCAGAAGAGGAGCCCAUGAGAGGGUCGGAGCCCAUGAGAGGGUCGGACAUCGAGCUGCAGGAGCUGCCCAGCCCGCAGCCCGUGCCCCAGGCCAAUCAAAACGUAACCAAUCAGUACGUGGACAUGAGCACAAUGAGCGCACCCUGCGGCGAUGGGUACAUCAAGCCGCCACCCGUGCGCUGAAAUCUCGGGGGAUCACUCCCCGCUCUCGUUGUAGUGCGCCUUUAAAUACAUAACUAGCCCACUCACCACCGAAACCGACUGACCAGAAGCAUCCUCAUUAUUUAAUUAGUAUUAAUUAA